AUGCUAGCACAAGAAGUUGAGUGCAACAUUCAGCUAGCUGCUGCAGACCCAAUCGUAUAUACCCAGGAGCAACUAGAGUUGAGAAAAGUACUGAGGAACAAAAUCCAAACCUCAUAUACCGUGUUUUCUGCCAACGUCAAUGCUCUUGUCAACACUGAUAGGGAAGGUGCCAUGGUAAAACUGAACGAAAUCCACGAACUAAUCGAAAGGCUUCAAAAAUUCGUCCCCACGAAGGAGCUUCAGAUCAAUGUCCGCCCAGAAUUGUCUAGGCCGGGUGGGAAACCCAAGCUUACGAAGGCAAAGCUGUUCACGCGAGCGGAGCAACGAAAGAAGCGAGAUGCGGACAAGGGCGGCGCAAGCCAACGAUGA